GCGCAGACAUUAGAGCUUUCUUAAAACCCUUCCCGCUCUUAAACCUGCAGGGCUUUAGCUUUUCUCGUUUCUGUCCCGUCAAAUCUUUUGGGUAUUCUGAAGAUGGAGAUUGACGAGGGCCCAUCUCCCAGCUAUUUUGACCCUGAAAAUCUCAGUACAAGAGAGCGUUUUCGUCGAUACGGGAAAAGGAGUUCAGGUUCAAGCCUAUCUCCUCAUCGGGAAAGAUCUACUGCUAGGGUCACUGAGGUUAGAUCGAAUGGAGCACUUUUUAUGGAGAACAUCAAACAAGAAGUUGAAAGUAUUGAUGCUGAUGUAACACCUUCUCGAAUACAAACUGCCUUUAAGAGUAGACCAUCUCUUGAUAGCCAUGGGAUAUUAGAGACAGAUACUGAUGAUUUGAUUCGUCAAGGUGGAAGUAUUUCCCUUAGAACUUGCAAGGAGGAGCAUGAUGCAUCACCGGACAGUGGAGACUCAACAUUUUCUUUAUUUGCAUCUCUACUGGAUUCAGCUCUUCAAGGGUUAAUUUCUAUCCCUGACUUGAUAUUACAUUUUGAGAAUUGUUGCCGUGAUGUCUCAGAAUCAAUUAGGUAUGGUUCUAAUGAAAUGCACAGAGUUAUGGAGGACAAAUUGAUGAGACAGAAGGCACGGAUUUUGCUUGACGAGGCAGCUUCAUGGUCUCUCUUGUGGCAUCUUUAUGGAAAAGGAAAUGAAGAACUUCCUGAAGACCUUAUCCUGUUGCCAACUACUUCACACUUAGAAGCUUGCCAAUUUGUUGUGAAGAAUCAUACUGCACAACUAUGCCUCCGAAUUGUUCAGUGGCUUGAAGGAUUAGCCUCCAAAGCCCUUGAUUUGGAUAGAAAGGUGCGUGGCUCUCAUGUUGGUACCUAUCUCCCUAGUUCCGGAAUUUGGCAUCACACUCAACGGUUCCUGAAGAAAGGUGUUCCAAAUCAAAGGACAAUUAAUCACUUGGACUUUGAUGCUCCUACGCGUGAACAUGCUCAGCAAUUGCCUGAUGACAAAAAACAAGAUGAAUCUCUUCUGGAGGAUGUCUGGACUCUGUUAAGGGCAGGGAGACUGGAAGAAGCAUGCAGCCUCUGCCGGUCUGCUGGACAGUCAUGGAGAGCUGCAACACUAUCUCCAUUUGGAGGGUUUGAUCAGUUCCCAUCCAUUGAAGCCCUGGUAAGAAAUGGCAAGAACAGAACCUUACAGGCCAUUGAGCUGGAAAGUGGACUCGGUCAUCAAUGGCGUCUCUGGAAAUGGGCUUGCUAUUGUGCUUCAGAGAAAAUUGCAGAUCAAGGUGGCGGAAAAUAUGAAGCAGCAGUAUAUGCAACCCAGUGCAGUAACCUGAAACGCAUUCUUCCAACAUGUAGGGAUUGGGAGGUAUAACAUUCCUGUUAUUUG